AUGUUCGUGGGCUCUUGGGUCGCCUCAUGGGUGAGCCUAAUUUUCAAUUCGUGCCAGAUGUUCUUUGCCCAUGGCAACCUGAAGCUGGACGUGUUGUAUGUGGCCCCGGUCAUGGUCCUCCUGCUGGGUCUCUUCAUGACGAAUCUCCAGGGGUAUUUGGAGGAGCGCGAAGCAGACCCGGUCUUGGCAAAAGCUGCGGCCUGGGACAUGGACAUGGCCCUCCUCCUCCAGCGCCACUGGCGAGAAGUCUGCGCUGCCAAGCCGCCUGCUGCCUGGAACCGACUGAAAACCCGCCAGGCCCUGGGACGGGGAAUUCCACUGUCCAUGGUCUCCUUUUACCUGGCCAGCCGUGACCUAGUAGAAGCACCGGUGUGUCAGUUCGCAGGUGCUGGCUUAGGCCGAGUUUUGAUCAAGGCCCGAGGGCGAGGGUCCCAAGUACCCAGCCUGCUGUUGCCAGUACUGGCAGAGCACAGGCAGAUUUGCAGUUUCGAGCUUCCGUUUGGAAAAGGACUGGGAUUGAACUGUGCAGCCAGUGAGGAGCUAAACCAGACCCUUCUCCUCUCCCAGCUGCAGCAGUCGGAAAUCGACGGUACGAGUCCGAACAUGAUCGCCAUUGCCAGGGACCUUGAAGAGGCAUUUUGGGAUGCAGCGCACUGUGAAAAGUCGGUUUGGAUGCUCCAACCAUCGCAUGGGGCAAACAGAUGCGGUCAGGAAUUUAGUCACUACUGUCUUGACCCGAAAGUGGCCCCCAGCCCUGGCCCGUUGAAGGAGUUCAACUUUUUUAUGAGAUCGCAGGUGGUGCCGAUUCUUACUGCAAACAGAGAUGCGGAGAAAGCUGUUCGAGAGCUUGCAAAAAGCUCCUCGCGCUUGGCUAUAAGUGUUGGCACACGCUUCAUCUCGUGGUCCCACAUGGUUGAUCUGAUUGUACAGUAUCUGCAUUCGGACCGGAUUGCACUUGGCGCCGAAACCUCUUUCCGGCGUUCUGGCGUUUUGAUCACAUCUUGGAGGCAAUGGCACCUCCAGUUCGGAAUCGGCCUCGUGUCCUUGUUGAUGUCGAUCCAGCCUCUCACCACCAUGGUAAGUACAAGCCGGAAGCUGAAGCCUUUUCAGAAACGGCACCUGUCGAUCCACAUGACUUUCGACAUACUCAUCGUUGAGUGCACAGCAAUCGCGAUCCUCAACGCACAGGUCAUUGUCCACUUCGGUCAGGCAUGGUGGAACGGAGUACAAGCUGUGCUGACUACCAUCAGCCUGGCUUAUGUACGGGGCGACGCUAUCGAUAUGGAUCAUGCCCGCAUAUGGGAGAAUGCUGCAGCCCAAGCGCCAGUCCUGACCAAGCGGCCCGUGGACGGUUUAAAAGUCGGUCCCGGCGUUUGUGCUUCACUGCUGACUUCCGUGUUGGUCAUCUUCAUCUCUUCGACGUGCCUCCUCGGGACUAGCUCAGUGACAAAGCGUUUCCCACUGAUGUCACGCUGGAACGCAGCCGUUGGAGGGCCUUUCCAGGUCCUUGGGGCCGUGUCGGAGAACGAGGUCCACGAGCUUUGCGGCCGUGUUCGCUGGCAGAUCCUUCUCAGAGCGUCGCUUCUGAGUCUGCUGUCGGCUGUGUUUCUGCUGCGAGCCACAUCGUUCGGCGUGGGUAUGAUUACUUCGCUGGUGCUUCAAGUCACGCUGUUCCGGGCCCCCUUCGUCAUCGGAUGGCUAGUCCUAGCGGCAUCUCACAUCGGCACCGGGAUGUUGGUUGUGCAGGACAUCGCAGACAAUCAAGAUGCAAGGAGGUUGAGGCAAAGACUGAGAGACAUGGAAGCUGCUGAAGCUUCUGCAAGGUCGCAUCCUCCGUACGGCACCUUCGCGCCGCAAGCCGGGUUUUCGACUCAGAGCCCGCAGGCUCCGUCUCCAUCUUUGCCACCAGGCAUUCGUUUCGGCCCAGAGCCACAAGCCGGGUGGCAAGGAGCAUCUGCGGAGGCCCCAUAUUUUGAGACGCAGAGCCCAGGCACAGAGCCACCAGCCGGGUGGUCAGGAGCAUCUGCGGAGGCCCCAAAUUUUGGGAUGAUCCAGAGCCCGCAAGCUCCGUCUCCAUUUCUGCCACCAGGCAAACCUUUGGGGCCAGGUGCCGUCUAG